UAAUAAUCAAGAAGAAAGAGGAUAAUUUCACCGACUAGUAAGCAUCGAUCGGGCAGUGCCAAUUAUAGUAUAGAUUUAAUAGCUGUUACAAAAUAAAUAUCUAUCAGCGGUAACAAAAUGUCAGUGCAUGCUAAAAGUUAGUGAGGAAAGUGUCAUGUUUAAGAAUUAUUUUUUCCUGUGUGUAAUGAGUAUUUAGCAUUCUGGCUAGCUAAAGGAUUAUACUGAAGCAUCGUACAAAUCAGACAUGAUGAAUGAUUAAAGCCAGAUAUUGCUUCAGUAACAAACACGCUAAAUGAUUAUAACCAUAUGAAGCAAAAAGUAAUCAACUAUGACCAGAAUUUUUCAUGUUAUUAAAAGAACCAGUCUUAAUAUUCAUUCCUGCAUAUAUCACUUUUCUUCUCCAGCCACACUUACUUUUAAGAACAGUGCUAGUCCGUAUUUCAAGAUAAGCAGUAUACCGGGAACUCUCGACGCACCUAGCUCAUUUGGUGCGGGGGGUCGACCGUGCUAGGAAUAUACCGCAUUUCCACAUCAUCGCGGGACAGUCACACUAUAAGAUACCCUGUGACAGACAGGUUAUUGUGGUAUUUGCUCCGUGUGGGUGAAUUGAUGUUCCGUUUUUUUUAGAUAUGUUUGGACUUAGUUUUUUAUAUUUUUUUCUCUUUUCUUUUCUUUAUAUUUUUCAUUUUUUAGGAGUAUUUGCAGUGAACGUGAAGGAAAUGUUGAGGUUCUGUGACAGUGUUAAAUUUGCGAUGUUUGGACUAAAAAAAUUUUUUUGUGUUCCUAACGUUGGACUUUAAAAAAAUGGUUCUCGAAUAUGAUAUCUGUUUCCAUUACAUUCUAAAAGAUAAUCUUAGGGAAUUUUCGACGCCAAUGCGAGGUAGCAAAUGCUUUCAAAGCGUGCUCUGUCAAGGAUGAAUAAUGGUUAGCAACACUUUUCUUAAUCCGAGUACAGUGUGAACAAGAAAAAGUGUUUCUGAGUGUGAAAUAUGAAGAGGCUUUGUGAGAUCUCAAGAUGAACUGUCCCCUCGUUCCUGCCCUUUACAUGACACUCAGCCUCCUAACAAUGGCUGAGUGUGUGCUGACGAUAUCUAUAUACAUUUUGGAGAGACGUCUGCGCAAAAGGACAACAAGCCCUUUCGUGUACAGUCUAGCAGUUAGCAUUGCUUUGCUAUCAGCCAUUUCUUUCAUUUUUAACGCCAAGCUUCUUUAUUCGUGUCGGAACAAACGAACCAUAGAAUGGUGCGUCGUUUUGUCUAUUUUUCUGAGGUACCUGCACGUCGUCUCUUGCUUCUGCGUGACCUGCCUGGCGCUGUACCGAUACCUGUACCUGUGUUGGCCCCUCCACUACCUGAUGCUCGUCACCAAGCGCCGCUGUUGCUACGUCACUAUAGCCUGCUGGACGCUGCCUAUCGCCCUGGUCGCCGUUCCGUCUGCGAUCGACGGUCAGGCUCCGUGCGCUGACAUGCGGGUGGCAGUCUCCUUCUAUGCCACCUACAUCGCCCUGUACAUCUCAGGAGCCCUCGCCACCUUCGUUGCAUACCUCCUGGUGGCGCUCGAGUUCAGGAGGAAGCGCCAUGCCUUGGCUCUCGGCAGCGACGUGGUGAGGAGCGACCGCCUCGUGAAAGGGAGAACCGAGAGAUCCGCACUCGCGGUCCUCGCCCUCUACGCUGUCCUGUCUCUGCCUCACAUUAUAAUGUUGGUGGUGACGCGGAUGAGCAACAGCCGAGCAUCCGCUGUGAACCUGGACAGCGCCUCCUUACUAAACAGGGUCCACCUACUGCUGUUCCUCCCCUUCUAUGCCUGGGCGAACAAACUCUUCCGCACCGCACUCAUCUCUCGGGCCAGAAAGAUGUACUGUAGAAAGUAUGAUGCCGAUAGCCUCCGUCUUCAAAAGGAAGAUGGCUCCACAUGUGCUCAGCCGGCAAGGAGUCAUCAGUAGGCCGUAGUACCUGAUCUUGAUUUCCCCAUUCCCUAAAUUGUCGGGUAAUGUGUUUUUCUUUCUAAUACUAUAGAUAUCGAUACUGUUAUUGUUGUUGAUGUUAUGAUUAUUAAAGUGUUAUUUAAAUCAUGGUAACAUUCAAGACUAUGAAAUAAUACAAACGACCCUUUCCAAAAGUCAAGGAAAAGGAUAAACAGGUAAGAGGGUAGGACUUGGUGAUUACGCACUUACGGAGCCAUCUAUGUGUAAAUACAAUAAAUAAACUUACAUUACAGUGGGCAUGGCAUGUAUUCUUGCUAUCCGUGCCGAUUGGGUUAAGACAAGUCGAAACAGCGUAAAACCCCACUUUCAGAGCUGAAACUAAAAGUUUUCCAUCUGCAUAUGAUUCCACCUGUCACGACGGCUUGAUAUCAGAGAUUAUCAUACAAAUCAGCAAAAAAUAACUAAAAUAAAAAAUAAAAAACAACAGAAAUCAUCUCUACACACACCGAGACUAACCUAAUCAAGAUACAUAUAACAACUGAUUGCAUUUGUAAUGUUCCCGACUAGACAUGGCCUCUUCAGUAUUUAUAUUAGAGAUAUGCCUGCAGCUGACUUGGGUAUUACUCAACAAAAUAAGCAAGGCUAUUUUUUAUCCCGAAUAAUCGGUAGCACCUUUUAACAAAUGGUACUUGCGAUAUAAAUACAUAUAAAACACAAUCAUACCACAUUCCUUUAGUUAUAUAUGUGUGAAAGAGCAAAGCACACACACACUUAUGAAUUAUAAGGCUAAUUCAAAGUGCUCCAAAAUCUAUCCCUCGGCCAAGAGUGCAAUAGAGCUCCCUCACCUUUGAAGAUAAGUUAACACACAAUAUGAUCAUA